UUGGCGGAGGAUCUGGCACAGACGAAUGUGGUACUACUGAUUUGAAAAUAUCCGAUCUAGCCGGUGGUUGGAAAGUACCGCAAAAGGCGUUCACCAAAAAGCUCACAUGUACCUAUACGCUCACUGGAGAUGCUGGAAAGACAUAUGAAUUCGCAUUCACCGACUUAAAGAACAACAGGUUCCUUGGCGGAGGAUCUGGCACAGACGAAUGUGGUACUACUGAUUUGAAAAUAUCCGAUCUAGCCGGUGGUUGGAAAGUACCGCAAAAGGCGUUCACCAAAAAGCUCACAUGUACCUAUACGCUCACUGGAGAUGCUGGAAAGACAUAUGAAUUCGCAUUUAUCGACUUCAAAGUUGGGACCGAGGCAAAUCCUUGUGGGCAGGAUUAUGUGGAAGUGAGCAAUAAAGCUGACUUCAGCGAGAACCCGGGUUACAAGAAGUGCGGUCAAUCGCCUCCGGCGGAUAAGUUCUCGUCCACAUCAAAUGUGUUCUAUGUGAAAUUGGUCGUCGGCUCGAAUGACUUUGCGAAAACCAGGUUCGCUGCGGAAAUUAAAAGUGAGUGCUGUUUUUUCAUCGUACAUCUACCUGAUUUUCUUCCGCUUCAUUAA